AUGCAGAACUUCGCCCCCGAGGAGUUCAAGGAGCAAGGCAAGGUCCUCGAUGACUAUGCCAUGGAAUACGAUGUUCCAGACGUCCAGUUGUCGAGGCUGCUCGACGCCGAUUAUUUGGUAUCGCUCGAGGUUGCAUACCCACAAGAUCGCGACGUGUCGGACCCUCCGACCAACGCGGAGAUGCGCUUCAAGGCGCGCCGCUGGAUCAAGCGGACUGUCGAAGAUGGCUCGAUUGGUCGCAGCCGACUGCCGGAGGAUGUCGAAGCUGCCAUCAAAUCCCGUUACCCCGACGAAGAUGGAGCUUACAAGGGCUUCAAGUCUAAGAAGUAG